AGAGUGAGGAAGCCGGACCGGCUGGACCCCCGGAGGAGGACCCGAAAGUGAACCACGUUGCCACGGGAGAGGCCUCACUUCAGGGCUGCAGUAUGUUCACUACAGUGAAGGCCUUCGAGGGGCAGCAGUACUCCACCCUGAAGAGGCAGUGCUUGCAGAGUGGCCUGCUCUUUGAGGACCCCCGCUUCCCUACCUUUGACAACUCGCUCUUUUACCAGGGCAACAGGAUCGGACGUGUGGUCUGGAAGAGGCCUCGGGAGCUGUGUGAGGACCCUCACCUGUUUGUAGAUGGCAUCAGCGCACACGAUUUACAUCAGGGACAGCUGGGUAACUGCUGGUUUGUUGCAGCAUGCUCCAGCCUGGCCUCCAGAGAGUCUCUGUGGCAAAAAGUUAUUCCCGACUGGAAGGAGCAGGAGUGGGAUACAGAGAAGCCAGAAUCGUAUGCUGGGAUUUUCCACUUCCGCUUCUGGCGCUUUGGUGAGUGGGUGGAUGUGGUGAUCGAUGACCGGCUACCAACGGUGGACAACCAGCUGGUCUACUGCCACUCCAACGACAGCAACGAGUUCUGGAGUGCCCUGGUGGAGAAGGCCUAUGCCAAGGUUUAUGGCUGCUACGAGGCUUUGGAUGGGGGAAACACGGCUGAUGCAUUGGUUGAUUUCACGGGUGGUGUGUCAGAGCCUGUGGACCUGCUGGAGGGUCAGAUGGCAACGGACGAAGUGGCCCGAAACCAGCUGUUUGAAAGAGUUCUCAAAGUCCACAACAGAGACGGUCUUAUCAGCUGCUCCAUCAGGGCAACCACAAUAGAGGACAUGGAGGCACGGCUGGACUGUGGCCUGGUCAAAGGCCACGCCUACGCCGUGACAGAUGUACGGAAAGUGCGGCUAGGUCACGGACUGCUGGCCUUCUUCAAAUCAGAGAAGCUGCAGAUGAUCCGCAUGAGGAACCCCUGGGGAGAGAAGGAGUGGAGCGGCCCCUGGAGCGACAGUUCGGAGGAGUGGAACAAGGUGAGCAAGAGCGAGAGAGAAAAGCUGGGUGUCACCGUGCAGGACGACGGCGAGUUCUGGAUGACGUUUGACGACUUCUGCCAGUACUUCACUGACCUGAUCCUGUGCCGCCUCAUCAACACCUCCUACCUGAGCAUCCACAAAACCUGGGAGGAGGAGGUGAUGAGGGGCUCCUGGGUCCACCGCAAUGACCCCCUUCGCAACCGGUCCGGAGGCUGCAUCAACCACAAGGCUACCUUCCUGCAGAACCCUCAGUACGUGUUUGAUGUGAAGAAGGUGGAGGACGAGGUGCUGAUCUGCUUACAGCAAAAAGAAAAGAGAGCCACACCCAAAGACGGAAAAGGGGAAAACCUCGCCAUAGGCUUUGAUAUUCACCGGGUGGAGCUAAAUCGUAAGUACCGUAUGCACUCAGCCCAGCAGAAAGUAGCGGGAUCCAUCUACAUCAACUCGCGCUGCGUCUUCCUCAGGAAGGAGUUGCAGGAGGGCCGUUACGUCAUCAUUCCCACAACCUUUGACCCCGGGCAGCAGGGGGACUUCCUGCUUCGUGUCUUCACCGAUGUGCCUUCAGACUGCAAAGAGCUGACUCUGGACGAGCCUCCUCAGACAUGUUGGACGGGGAUGUGUGGCUACCCUCAGCUGGUCACUCAGGUCCAUGUACUAAAUGCUGAUGGUCUGCAGGGACAGGAAUCCAAUGGAGCUGUAGAUCCGUACGUGAUCAUCACCUGUGAAGGAGAGAAGGUCCGUUCACCAGUUUAUAAGGACACACGGUGCCCAAACUUUGACAUCAAAGGCCUGUUCUACCGCAAGAAACCCAAGGAGGGCAUCCACAUAGAGAUCUACAACAAGAACAUAAUUGUGGACACCUUCCUGGGUCAGGUGAUUCUGUUCAGUGAUCCCAACGAGCGCCAGGAGCAGCACACGCUUCACCUCCGCGACAAGGGCAACCGCCAGGACAGCGACCUCCCGGGCACGCUCACUGUGCGCCUCAUCACCUCGACCACGCUCACUAACAUCUGAUGCGAUCCUUUAUAUAAUUAUGAAGAGUAACACUCAAGGUGGUGUUCAGUCAUGCCCGCCGUUGUCUGCCAUUGAUCCUCCCAACCAUGGCGGGAGCUCACUGUGUCUUUUUUCGUUUUUCUUCUGCCGCUUGCGGCGCGCUCGUUGUGUCUCUUAUUGUUUCCCUAUUUCCUUUUGCUUCACCAUUUAAAUUCAGCUUUGUUACCAGGGUUUUUGAAGGCCUAUACCUACGUAUAUUCCUGGAUGAAAAGUGUCCAUCGACAAUGUUUGGGGUUUGCAUUUAAUAACUUUGAACGCAUUCCCGCCAAAAUUGUCCCAUUAUUUAAUGUUUGCUUCAGAAAUGUGUUCUCGAAGUAGUUUUCAUUGCAGGUUUUGUAGCAAGAAUCUCUAUCAAUGACUAAGGUACAGUUGAACUGAUUUAGGCUAAUGUUCUUAAAAAUCAGUUACCCUCUGACCCAAAUCUACAAACUUUCUUUCUACAUAUUGUUAUAUUCAAAACACACACACACACACACACACACACACACACACACACACACACACAUACAUGCACACACAUACAUGCACACACAAACACAUGCAGACAUGUCUGCACUCUCCAUGCAUGUGCCAAUGUUUCCAAGGGCUAUGCAUUGCCUUAAGCUUGAGUCUGUCUCUCCACCUUGAGGAGGCGGGGGAUAAUGUCAAAUACUCUUCUCCAUCUGCUGUCUCAGUGUUAGCACAGCCUCCAUUUCUGUUCCUGCUUUUUUCUCAUAGUUUUGGUUUUCUAUAUCCUAUAUAUUAACAUAAUGUAUACUCUUUUAUAUCUGUGGAUAAUCUCCCCACCCAGUCGGCUCACCCAGACACCUCAAGUCUUCACCAGUUUGCCAGUGCUUUGGUGAGCAUGCAGCACUGUCUGUCACUUUUUAUUGUGGACUUUACAAACUAAAGCCAACAGCAGCUAUUCUCUCCCUCUUAACUGAGAGCUUUUCUGUGUUGUUCUGUGAGCGCGCUCAUGUGUAAAAUCUUGCCUCCCGUCUUCCAUCACUAGAACCAUUUCAAACUCCCCGAGACGCUUUCUGCCGGUUGCUAUGGAUGAUCUCAAAACUGCAUGGCUUGAAACAACUUUUCGCCUGUGCUGCACAUUUCUCCAGUCGUAGCUUAGCAGCCGGUGCUUUUGAUAGUGCUACCCUUCCUCUUUGAUCCCCUGUCAUGUGUACACCUUCCCAGUCCAGCGGAGUGCAAAGAUUCACCCUGACAUAAUCAAGUGCUUUAUGGGACCAAAGAUGAGCCUCCGCUCUCUAAGUCCAUUUCGGACUGCCCUGGCCCAGCCUGGCCUGGCCUGGCCCAAGCCUAGCUACAAACCACCACCCCCUGUGCCACAUCAUCUCUUUACGGCAACACCACUGCCUGACGCUUCCUCUGACUUGAGUCUUUUGGCCCAGGCCAAAGACUCAUGCCGUGUGACCCUGAGAGAUAGCAGCUGUGCUUCUGCUGUUGGCACAGAACAGACGUAUGUGUGUGUGUGUGGGAGUGUGGGUGUGUGUGUGAGUAUCUGGGAGUGCUCAAGGGUGAAUGAAUGUAUCUGUUAAUCCACGUUUUACCUGGAAGAAAACAAUUUGAGGAAAGGUGUGAACUGAAAGGAAAAGAGCCCUUUAGCGGAACACACACCUUGCACUUUAUUUAAUUUUAAAGGGGCGAAAAGGACCCUUUAUGGAUGAAAGGAAAAAUUAGGGCGAGCAGAGAAGGCGUCCUGCCAAACAACCUGUGCCAUCGCCUUGGUCCUGGCUUUGCCUCCACAGCAGGAAAACAACAUGGGACAUUAGAUGAACUGUUUAGUGGUUUCAGAAGGAUUUCAGACGGCAACAAUGGUACAAUGUAAUCUAUCGCUGAUGAACUAUGGCAUUUCUUGAUCAUGUGGCCAUCCAAGUUAACCUUUUUGUGACAGAAAGCCCAGACAGAAAAUCACAACUUUUUUUUUUUUCUUUUCAAAAGUGCAAUAUUAUUGCAGAGACUUUUCAUUCCAAGUUUUAUUGACUUUUGGGUAUGUCUUAGUUCUUUUUUUUUCUUCAUAAUAACAAUUAAAAGUGUAAGUCACAAUCAUUAUCAAGACAUUUCCUUUGAAUGUAAACAAAAAAGUAAGUGGACUAAUCUCAGUCAAACUAUCAAGUCCGUUUUCCAGAUUUUUCAGCGCCUUUUUCCAUUACUUGAACUGUCACACAUGGCAUAUAAUUGAUCACACUCCUUUGUGUACAGCAUCUUUAUAAAUGUGUCUUGCAUGGGUUAUUUUCCAAUAUGUUCAUGGCCUUGUAUUGUACUGUUCAAUUGUUACUAUAUAUAUUUAUUCUUUCUUUAAUCUCAAAAGUCUUGGAAAUGCUAGUUUUUUAGAGCAGUCAGCAUGUCUAACACUAAUGCAUCUCAUGGCAGUCUGAUCAUAUCAACAGGUUUGAAACAGUUAUGUCUUGUACUAUAAUACAGUGAUGCAUUCAUAAUGCCUCUAGCAUCAGUGAACUUUAGCAGCAGUUGUUGACUUCUAUUUAGGUGCUAUUUAUCUUCUCUGUGCUCUUAUAUAUUGUUUGGGACAGAAAAUGAGUGUUAAUAACAUAACAAGACAGAAUUUAGAAACUGUAGUGCCAAGCAGUGUAAGAUUGGACAUGUGAGCAUGUGCCUGGAUAGCUGCUGGUUCUUAUUUACAGACCAGGUGGGAAAAGAAAGGAACCCUUCUCCCUCCCUCACUGAGUACCGUUGAAUUGUCUUUGCAAGGCACUGAACUCCUCACUGCACCAGUGGGGCCUCAGAAUGGCUAGCUAUUGUACAGCUUCAAGGUGUGACUUUACGUAUCUGUGUGCCAAAAGGAGUAGGUUUGCUACCUGGUUUUGGUGAAAUUUACAGUACACAGACCAGGCGGUGACAUGAGCCCAAGUUUGUGCCCCUCAUUUUUUACUGUUACAAUCAAGUCACAUAGCUAAGCGUCCGAUUUUCAAACAACAAAAGAAAUAUCAGUCAAUCUUUGAAAAUCUAGAAGGUCGUUUAACAAAACUUACUGGUGAUCUAAUGGAAUUUCCAACUCUGCAACAUCUGGAUAAAACAAACUUUGUAUUUUGCCUCUCAGCAUUUACAAAACAAAGUUUAAAUGUAGUUUUCAACCACAGCAGCACUUAACAAAUGUGGUAUUAUCAUCCUGUAAGUGACGACUCUGUGCUGUCAGUGUAGUUAACUAAGCCGUUUUAAUUUUGUCAUCUUGGUUGGCUGACAUACGGUGCUGACAAGAUGUGGUUUCAAAUGUUGCAAUAGCAUUAUGAAAGUCCUUCAUAAAGUGUAACUGUAAUGCUGUGUUUUUAUUGGCUAAAUCACAAUUUAGCUUAGCAAGAAAUUAACAUCAGAUACUGAGAAUAUUGCAUAAUGAUCAUUGCACAAAAUUUUAAGUAACUAAUCAAUCAAUUAAUCUGAGAUUUCCAUCCAACAAUAUCAUUGAAAUGAAAUGGAAAUAUCACCACAUCUGAGCCAAAGCAGAUGAUGCUAAGCUCUGUGAUUCACAAGUAAAGGUCAUACAAUAGGGGCAAAAAUUAGGGCUCGGUGACACUGGCAUCAAGUAAUGAACAACAGACACACAUUUGAACCCUGAUUUGGCUCGCUAAAAUUACACACAACUUUAACCAAACCAUGUUGGGUUAACAUGGACAUUUUAAUCAAAAUGUGCAGUCUGGUUUGCUGAUUAAUAUUACAGAGUUUCUCUUGGACUGAUGCCAGUAUUUUACAUUUACAGGUUUUUUGGCUGAGACCAGUUUUAUUUUGUGGCUCCCUAUUUUUUUUAUUUAUUUGUAAGGAGGUGGCACAGAAAUAUAACAGCUAGCACACAACCUGACAGAUUUGAAUUAUGGGAGUAUUUGGGGCUUCAGAGUCACUGUGUCACUCGCAAUCCUACAGUAAUAGUAAGAGUAAUGGAGCCAAAAUAACAGUGUGUCAAGCUCAAUGUGAAAUUUUAUCAAAAUCUUGUGCCACAGCAGUGCCAAAAAGAUGAACGGCCUAUUGAAAAGGGAUGCUUUUGUAAAGACUAUGUGACUGUUGGACAAAUGUAAAACAAAAUAAGUUAUCCUUUUGAUUAUUUUUUUUAACCUUUUUUUUUUUGUUCUCCACUAUGUGUCUUCUUUUGUUUUUCGUCUUUGUCAUGAAGUGAUUGUCAUUGCGUUGCUACAGUUACUCGUAAUUGUUGCACUUUGUGAUUCUUUGCCAAAAGUGUUAUGGCUUUCACUGUUAACCACACACACACACAGACAAACACAGACAUAUAUAUAUAUA